UGCUUUUGAAACAUCAAGAAAUAGGAAAGACAACUUGUUGGCAGCACUGUUCAGCUAUGGAGAUCCUCCCCAUUCUUCCUGUUUGUCUUUCUUUCAUACUACUGAGCUUUCCAGACCACUUCAAUCCAGUUGCUUAUUCAUGUAUGGGUGACUGCAAGCCAAGAUGUUCCAUUUAUGAAUAUGAAGAUUCAAGAUCAUCCUGCCUUAUUCCUGGUUUUGUCCAGUGUUGUGAAUACAAUGGGAAAUCACACAGAACUCAUCAUAGAGACAGAGGAAAUAAAGAACAUUCCUCUUAUGAGAGUUUCCCACCCAGCUAUGAUCUAGGGAAAGCACACAGAACUCAUCAUAAAGACAGAGGAAAUAAAGAUCAUUCCUCUUAUAAGAGUUUCCCACCCAGCUAUGAUCUAGGGGAAGUGCACGGAACUCAUUAUAGAGGCAGAGGAAAUAAAAAGGAAUAUCAUAAUUUUCAUUCUCUGGCUAUCCCAUCCACUAAUACUCACGGGAAAGCACACAGAACUCAUCAUAGAGACAGAGGAAAUAAAGAACAUUCCUCUUAUGAGAGUUUCCCACCCAGCUAUGAUCUAGGGGAAGUGCACGGAACUCAUUAUAGAGGCAGAGGAAAUAAAAAGGAAUAUCAUAAUUUUCCUUCUCUGGCUCUCCCAUCCACUAAUACUCACGGGGAAGUGCAUGGAACUCAUUAUAGAGGCAGAGGAAAUAAAAACGAAUAUAAUAAUUUUCCUUCUCUGGCUCUCUCAACCACUGAUACUCUAGGGAAAGCACACAGAAUUCAUCAUAGAGACAGAGGAAAUAAAAAACUACAUCAUUCUGCUUAUAAUCUAGGGAAAGCACACAGAACUCAUCAUAGAGACAGAGGAAAUAAAGAACAUUCCUCUUCUGAGAGUUUCCCAUCCAGCUAUGAUCUAGGGGAAGUGCACGGAACUCAUUAUAGAGGCAGAGGAAAUAAAAAGGAAUAUCAUAAUUUUCCUUCUCUGGCUCUCCCAUCCACUAAUACUCACGGGAAAGCACACAGAACUCAUCAUAGAGACAGAGGAAAUAAAGAACAUUCCUCUUAUGAGAGUUUCCCACCCAGCUAUGAUCUAGGGGAAGUGUAUGGAACUCAUCAUAGAGGCAGAGGAAAUAAAAAGGGAUAUCAUCAUUUUCCUUCUGAGUCUCUCCCAUCCACUGAUACAAUCGGGGAAAUGCACGGAACUCAUCAUCGAGUCAGAGGAAAUAAAGAGCGAUAUCCACAUCUUCCUUUUCAGCAUUUCCCACCCAUCAGUACUCCACAUUUCCCCAAACAUAUCAGCUCAAAGAAAUGUCAAUGCAAACAUCGCUGUUCACGCAAUGAAUAUGCAGACUCAGCAUGCACCCAUGGUUUUCUCCACUGUUGUAAAAUGAGAGCUCCACCAUCGUAUCAUAAUUUCCCCAAAAUAUCUCCGUAUCCUGUCAUCGCACCAGAUUUCCCCAAUAGUAUCAGCGCAAAGAAAUGUCAAUGCAAAAAACACUGUUCACACAAGGAAUAUGCAGACUCAGCAUGCACCCAUGGCUUUCGCCACUGUUGUAAAAUGAAAGUUCCAUCUUCGUACCAUAAUGUCCCCAAAAUACCUCACUAUCCUGUCAUCGCACCAGGGAGUUUUCUUGAGGACAGCGCCUUACCUCACAAUCCGUUUCUCAGUUUUCCUGACACACCUUUAACUCCCAUUGUGGCUUUAGAUUUCCCCAAACGUAUCAGCACAAAGAAAUGUCAAUGCAAACGUCGCUGUUCACACAAAGAAUAUGCAGUCUCAGCAUGCACCCAUGGGUUUCUCUACUGUUGUAAAAUGAGAGUUCCAUCUUCGUUCCAUAAUGUCCCCAAAAUACCUCACUAUCCUGUCAUCGCACCAGAGAUACCUAAAAGCCAUGAUGAUGACUUUUUGAAAACGACCUUCCAAAAGUCUCUGAUUGUAAAGACCAUUUCAAGUUACGUCCCACCUUAUGAUAGCAAUUGUCGGGGUAGAUGCAGGAGACAAUGUGCCUAUGAUGAAUAUAGAAUCUCCUCACGUUCCUGCCUCAUUCGUGGCUUAGUCUACUGUUGUAAAGUGAAUGCGACAUGUCAAGGAACCUGUAAGAGAAGGUGUAUAGGGAGAGAAUAUCCAUCUGGAAACAAAUUCUGCCCUUAUUUUGGUCAUGUCUACUGCUGCAACCCAUAAGCUAAACUAUGGUAAAAUAGCAUGCAGUGGAAUUACCAAAAUGCAGCAGUCAUUCCAUAACGGUGGAUCACUUCGACAGCAUCAGUCUCACAAACAUGAUACAUUGAAUAUUGAUUGUGAAGAAUCUCCAAGACUUUUUGAAAGUCUUCCAGAAAUUAACUUUCCCAUUCCUUUAUACAAAUGCUUUAACUUACUGCUCUUAAUAAAACCAAAUCUGUUGUGCAGGUAAAA